AUGUAGAUAACCCAAAAAUAAUAUUAAAUGUUUGUACUUCUUUUAAUCAAGAUCAAGAGGCGUAUAAUCAUAGGUUUUAUCGGGAGCAGUUACAUUAUAAUAAAACGCGAAGAGUGAAGUGACCCUCGGCUGCAUUAUUUAUGGGUGUUAAUAGUUAAACUCUUAUAACUUCUUGGUAGCGUGAGGAAAGGUCGAAAGGUAAGCUAUCAUUACGGAACAAGUAAUCGAAAGUGUUGGAUGAACAUUACCGGCAUGAGACACGUGUAAUAAGUGAAAUUGCAUGAUCUACGCAGGUUGUUCGUUCGGACGUAUCGCAAUAGCACGCGAGAUCGUUUAUCAGCUGUUAGUUGCUCGCCAGGUGUAGAGUUCAUUAACGAUAACACGCAGGACUAGCGCCUUGUCCAAGUCAAAUUUAGUCCUUACAGACAUCGAAUACGUAUAACACCUUUUUUCAGUUCUUUACGAUAAUUUAAUCGCAAUCAAGGCGAUUUUCUGACGUCUAUUCUAGUAACUGGUUUCCGAGACUCAUUGUGUAUGUGGUUUAUUGUUUUAACAAAAGAAAUUGUGUUGAAUUGCACGUGAAAUAAAAAGAAACGUAAGUUUACUUAUUAUAUAUUAAUGAUACAAUUAACAUAAAUAUUUGGUCUAUUUAGAUUUAUAAAAGGCGAAUGCAAAAUGACAAGAGGCACGAAAAGUUUAAAACAGGCAUUGAUGCCUAUCAUAUGGCUUAAUUGCAUAUUUUGCAUGGGAAUCUUCGAAAUACCUGUGAAUCGUCCACGAUUUUUACUAAGUGCCUUUUACGUUAUCUCGAUGAUAAUUGCAUACUUCGUGCUGCUUUAUAAGGGAAUUGGUCUCUUUCAGGAAAAGUUGUCUGACGACUUUGUCCUAUACUAUUCCGUUUUAACGAUCAAUAUUUUAGUUGCCAUUUUAGCUAUAAUUUUGUUCUGGCUUAAAGCAGAGAAUAUAAAUAGCAUAAUUAAAAGAUUCAGUACAAUUGACAAUACUAUAGAAGUAUUGGGUAUAAAAAGGGAUUACCAGAGAACUCACCGCAAUAUUCUAUAUCUUUUGGCUCUUUGGGUAAUGAGUAUGCUAUUAUUGAAUCUCAUGCAUAUAGUAUGGAUGUAUGAAGAGAUUGCUUCUAUGGGAUAUUUGGGCAUUUUUUAUACUGAUUUAUGUUUCUGCAUUCCAAUUCUGACAAAUUCUGUAGUAGAUGUCACUUUCGCUUCACUUAUCAGAUGUCUUCAAAUAAAGUUCCAGAAUACAAAUAUUCUGAUUAACAAUGUAGUACUUUGUGCAAAUAAAUCAAAUAUCUUUAAGAUUCAAGAUCAACGUGAAAAUAAACAAAUUGCAAUCGUUACAAUAAACUACGAAAAUCAAAAGGAGAAGAUACUGCAUCUCAUACAGACAUUGAGACAUUUACACUUAGAAGUCACGAGAAUAGCACGACAAAUUAAUCAUACUUAUUGUCUGCAACUUUUGCUCGAAUUGGCGGUUCAUUUUACAGUAGUAACUGUAUGUUUUUACUGUAUGUAUGGUGCACUUACCGGCCAGUUUCACGUGAUAUUUCACAGUGAAAAACUCGUUGCCAUGAUAGUUUGGGCAGGCAUUUACUCACUCAAAAUUAUAUUGGUGAACUCUCUUUGUGCGGGUGUAUCACAGGAGGCAUAUAAAACCGGCGAAAUUAUGCAGUCUUUUGAUGGAGCCGGUACCGACGAUGAUAUGAGAGAAGAAAUUACGCAAUUUACGCAACAAAUAGUGCUUAAUUCCUUAAAGUUUACCGCUUCCGGUUUCUUCUCAAUUGAUAAUACUCUCACUGGCAAGUUUUUUGCCACGGUUACAACAUAUGUGGUUAUUCUAAUUCAAAUGAACACGCCAUUAUAAUAUGAUGAUUCAAAAAAGAAUUCGGUCACAUUGUAGACGAAUAAUGCUACUUAUUAAACUAAAAAAAAGAAAUUUACAAAUAAUUUAAUAAAAACUCAUCAAAAUGAUCUUUUUGAAAAUUGUAUAAUUAAUAGCAUUUUUAAAGAUU